UGGACAGGGUGAAUCUGUUGGGAUUAGCCUCCACAGUCAACAUAGUGACCACACACAUCACACACACUCACCGAGUGCCUCAGCCUGAGAGAACCCAGACACCAACAGGUACGAGAUCCCAUUUUUGUUCCAGACAUACUAUUAAAAUGCUCAUUAAAUUCAGUAGUGAUAAGCGUUUCUGAGUUGGUGUUUAAAUGUAAAGGCAGAGCACAUGUAGAGUAAAUCAGGCCAACAAGCUGUCAAGGAUGAUCUCCUGAUCCCCUGUGCUUUGGUUAGUGUUCCAAUUCUUUAUCGUUACUGUGACAACCUGCAAGUCACAUUUUCCUUUAUGUGUUGAUCAUCUACUGUAAUGUAGAUUAAUGUUUGCUCAAUUACCAUGUAAUUAAACUUCAUCAAAUCUCAGUCUCACUGAACACUGGUCAAGUUCAGUUUACAUGUUAAAGUGGUUUAAAUUCAACUUCAUCAUAAUUGUUCAGGGCAUUGUUUGUAGGGAUGGUGUAUUAUCUUCUUGUGUAAGAGGUGCCUGUUAUUUUGGUCCACCCUCUGUACAUUUCCCCAGUAAUAGUGGUUGCAUAGUUAAGCAUUCUAUUCAUAGAGCACAGUAGGCAAAAGCCCAGUAGACAGGAUUACUGCUCCGAGUGCACAGUUGGAGUGAAAGAAGGUCUUUCCACCUGCAAUCGGCUCAAUAGCUGUGUCUUAUUACUGGUCGACAUUAGUACAGCAGCAUGCAACUUUUGCAAAUGUUGUGGGUUUUGUGCUGGUCUACAACAUGAUGUUUUAUUACAUUUUCUCAGCGUGUAAAGUCCCUGACUGCAAAUCCAAAUAAUCUGUUCUGUUACAAGGUUUUGUGUGUGUGUAUGUUAAUCAGUGUUUUUUGUAUCAUGUAUAAAGCCACUGUUUAGUUAGUACCCUUGUGUGACACACACAUCAAGGACCCUUCACCCCCUCACUAUGGCAUCCCUGGAGGAAGAGUUGACUUGCUCUGUGUGCCGAGACACCUUCAGUCAAGCCCACCCACUGCCCUGUGGUCACAGCUUCUGCCCUGCCUGCAUCCGCGAGGCCUGGAGCGACCAGGGUGAGGGCAAAAGCCGUUUUACGUGCCCUCAGUGUCAGGAGGAGCAUGGUGAAGUUCUGUGUGACUGCUGCAAUCCUGAGGCUACACAAGAACAGCCAACGUUGGCUGUCAAGACCUGCUUGAGAUGUGAAGUGUCACUGUGCUCAGAACACCUUCAGCCCCAUCUGGAAAGACCGGCGUUUAGCACUCACCUGCUGGUGGGUCCGCUGGUUGACCUCUCCCAGCGAAGGUGCCCAACACACACAGAGAUACUGCGCUACUAUUGUGCCGAUGAGAGGGUUUACAUGUGUGGUGACUGUCUGCUGGACGGAGGCCAUGCUCAGCACAAAGUGAAGGCACUGAGACAGGUGGAGGAGGAUCUGAAGGUCAUUCUCCAGACCCUACUCAGAAAAGCAGAUGAGAAACUGAAAGACGGAGAGCGAAUCCUCAAAGAGCAUGAGAAUAUCGAUUCUACCAUGGCUGACUCUCUGAAGCAAGAUGACACCCAGGUAGAGCGGUUGGGCUCAGAGCUACAGGUCCAGGUGAAGAAGCUGGUCGUCGCUCUGAGGGAGAUCACCAAGAGGGAGAGACAGCAGGUCAUAGAGCGCGUGCAUGAUGACUGCUCCAAGGUGAGAGAGGACAUGAAGCAGACGCUGAGCAUCCAGCAUUACCUGGCCUCGCUACUGGGAGAGACGGACCCCUUCCUGCUCAUCUGGGCCUUUCAAUCAGAUGAUACAAAGUUACUGGCCGACCUGAACAGCCCACUUUUCAUCCCUGAUACCAUCAGUCUAGACAGGAAACACAUCUUGGAGGACAUAGAGAGCAAGUAUCGAGAGUUCAUCACUGCCACCCUUCGCUGUCUCAGUGAACUCAAGAGAGAGCUCUUAACCAGUCCCUUGACUCUGGACACGAACACAGCCCAUCCUCUGUUGAGCAUCUCCGAUGACCUUCGCUCAGUAGCGAGGGUUAAAAACCGCCUGCCCUGUGCUGCUCAUCCUGAACGUUUUGACCACUGGCCACAGGUCCUCACGGUCCAGACGUUCUCCUCUGGGACUCACUACUGGGAGCUGGAGGCUGAAGGAUUCUGGGAUAUCGGCGUUUGCUACAGAAGUAUUGGACGGAAGGGGAAAGAAGGCAAUGCCUUUGGGAACAACAAGGUCUCAUGGAGUUUGACACAGCAGCAUGACAGGAAGCUGGCGGCCUGGCACAACCGCAGGAAGACCCGACUCAUGUACCAAAUGACUGGCAACCGAGUUGCCAUUGCUGUGGACUAUAGCGCAGGCACCAUCACCUUUUCUGAGGUGGGACCAUCUAGCAACCUGACCCAUCUCCACACUUUCUCGACCACGUUCACUCAGCCGGUGUGCUUGGGCUUUGGACUCUACAAAGCUGAGCUCAACAGUCGCAUCUCUGUUGUCAAAGUCUGAGGUGGAGAAAAUGGAAAGGAGGAAAAAAUAAUCCUGGUGGACAGUGGGCUGGUUUAACUUUGACAAAGCCAUGCCAAGACGGAGUGGUACCAAUUUAUUUCCUCACUUCUGGAACCA